GAUUAAUGAAUCAAAUCCGUUGGUUACCGGCGAAUUUUCCAGGGUUUUGCCUGUAACAUUCAAAAUUAUAUGGUUAAUUGUUGUCAGUUGUAAAACUUGGAGGGGUUAACGAGAAAUUGGAGGGAUUUGUUGUUUAUGUUUGAGCCAGAGCUAGAGAGUGUUCAGCCGUCAAUGGCGAAAACUGAUAAGCUAGCUCGGUUCCUUGAAUCUGGUAUCUUCGAAUCCGAAGACUCCAAAUGGUUCUUCUUAGACCCAGUUCGUAUAAUCAAUCGAUCAUAUACCCGAUUAAGAGUUUCAUCUUCUGCUUACUACUCUCGUUUCUUCAAUUCGAAGCAUCUCAAUCUACAAUCCAGCGACCCUAAUCCGAAAAAACGAAAACGGAAGCAGAAAAAACCUAGCCCUCAUCUUCCCAGUGCAGGAGAGCAAGCUUCUAAUCUUCGUCAUGAGGGAGCGAGGCUGUCUUUAUCGGAAGCGCAUGAAUCGCUUCUACGGGAAGUCGAGCUGUUGAGUUUAACGAAAGGUCUAAGUGAUGAUGAUGAUCCUAGUUUGUUGACCGAGUGUUGUGGCGAUGAACUCUCUUUUGUUGAGCUUGGAGGAGUGUGGCAAGCUCCUUUGUAUGAGAUCACACUGAAUUCGAAUCCACAUUGCGGUAAUCCAGGUUGCUCAACUGAGAAAUGCAGUGAACAGAGAGUGUUUAAAGUGUUCAAUAACCUAGUAGUGAACGAGGCAGAAGAAGAAGUUGAAGCCGAGUUUUCCAACCGGAGAUAUAUAGUGCCCAGAAAGAGUUGCUUCUACAUGUCUGAUUUGCUGCACAUCCGAAACCUUGUUCCUGCUAAACCUGAAGAAGGCUUCAAUCUUAUAGUUAUUGAUCCGCCCUGGGAAAAUGCAAGCGCUCAUCAGAAGUCAAAGUAUCCAACAUUACCAAACAGAUACUUCUUAUCCCUCCCAAUCAAUCAGCUUACUCAUGCUGAAGGAGCUCUUGUGGCUUUAUGGGUGACCAAUAGAGAGAAAUUACUUAACUUUGUUGAGAAAGAGCUGUUCCCUGCGUGGGGAAUUAAGUACGUAGCGACAAUGUAUUGGUUAAAGGUGAGACCCGAUGGUACACUGAUUUGCGAUAUGGACCUGGUCCAUCAUAAGCCUUAUGAAUAUGUGCUACUAGGCUACCGCUUCACCGAACUUGCAGAAUCAAUACAUAGGUCAGAUUUCAAUCUCUUGGAUAAGAACAAAAUAAUCAUAAGCAUCCCUGGAGAUUUUUCGAGGAAACCUCCAAUUGGAGAGAUACUAAUGAAACAUGUUCCCGGGCCUCAACCAGCUCGGUGCAUUGAGCUAUUUGCUAGGGAAAUGGCUGCUGGAUGGACCUCUUGGGGAAACGAACCGCUUCACUUCCAGGACUCGAGAUUCUUCUUGAAAGAUUAGUGGGUGCAUCAACUAAUCUUUAGCACUGAAGAUUACUGGCUUGGGCCAAAACUCUAUGAUUGUUUUUCUAUGGCUCGUUUUCAUGAUGAGGACAGUGAAGAGACCUUUGAGUAGCAUCAGAAGUUAUGGUUCGGUGAAACGACAUCGUUUGAAGUCAAUGUGAGAAUCAGGCGAGAAGCUUACUGAUAGAUUUCAGAACUGUACUGUACCAUCAAUUUUUUUUUGAUAUCACUGUACCAUCAAUUUAAUAAGCUUUUUCUUUCUUGUCAUCACAGAUGUUUCAGGAAAA